UUGAGGCAUUCCCGAGAUGCUCCCGACCCUCCGGGGGGAAUCCAGCCCCGGGGCAGCCCGAGCUGCCUGGGAUCGUUCCCAGGCCGUGCUCCAGGGACCAGGGCUGCCUUCAGAGCCCCAAACCGGGCAGGAAGCUGUGGGGCAGCCCCUCCCUCAGGGCACAUCCCCUUCUCUAAGCCCCAGCCCUUGUGCCAGGCCCUGCUGCAAGGUCACUGCCGUCCCUCUUCCCCCAGCUGUGCCUCUCUCCAGGUUUGUCCUGCCGUGUUUUUCCUUGACCAGGAGGGUGUUUGGUGCUUGCAGGGAGCUGGAUGGUGUGAAGAGAGGAGCUGCUGGCCUUUCCUGGGAGCCCUGGGCACUUCCAGCGAGGCAGCACCAUGCUGGCCCCAAAGAAAGGCCUCCUGUGCAACCUCAACCACAUCCACCUGCAGCACAUCUCCCUGGGGCUGCACCUGUCCCGGCACCCCGAGCUCCAGGAGGGCUCCACGGGCCAGGGGGAGCAGACAGGCUGCACCCAGUGCCCGGAGAACCGGGAGCCGGUGGAUGCCAAUUCCAACAAUCCCUCGGUGAAAUGUCGCUGCUGCGAGUCCCACGCUCCGGAGCCGGAGACGCUCGGGCUGCAGAACCCUGAGGAUUUCCCCUGCCUGCACAGCGGAGACGAGGAGGAGGCGGCUUCCCCUUGUGAUCCCCCUUGUGAUCUGGCUUCUUCCUCCUCCUCCUCCUCCUCCUCUGUCAGUAGCUGCUCGGAUUUCAGCUUGGAUGACUCGCCGGUCUCGGUGUACUGCAAGGAGUUCGCCAGAGCAGAGUCCCAGUCCCCUGACAAGCAGCUGAACGUCAUUCCCACAGAAAAUGCUUGGCAUGGAAAGCCUCUGGCUGAUGGAGAGCCUCUGGAUGAUGGAGAAUCUCUGGCUGAUGGAGAAUCUCUGGCUGAUGGAGAGCUUCUGGCUGACCAGCACAGGACAUGCCAUGAGAGAGAUGCCAACCACAACUCCCCGGUGCCCCCGAGAGCCACCAAGAGCUCUGUGGCCAGCAAGAGCCCAGACAGCCUCUGCAGCAACAACUCGCUCGAUUCUCACUGCGAGGAGCUCUCUCCCAGCACAGCAGCGCCGGACACCACCGGCACCUGCACCGACCUCGACCCCAAUUGCAACCCCCUCUCUUCUCUCCUUCUCUCCUCCUCUCCCUCGUCCCCAGCGCUGCUGGUCGCCGUCAGCUCCGCUGUGGACAAGGUCAUCGCCCACUUCAGCACCGCGCGGAACGUGGUGCAGAAGGCCCAGCUGGGGGACAGCCGGCUCAACCCCGACGUGGGCUACCUGCUGCUGCACACCCUGUGCCCUGCUCUCUGCGCCUUGGUGGAGGACGGGCUGAAGCCUUUCCAGAAGGAUGUUAUCACAGGCCAGAGGAGAAACUCCCCCUGGAGCGUGGUGGAAGCCUCGGUGAAGACAGGCCCCAGCAGCCGCUCCCUGCACUCGCUGUGCUGGCACGUGGCCGGGCUGGCCCCCCUCAGCAGCAGCAGGCAGAAGUUCCACGCCUUCAUCCUCGGCCUUCUGAACAUUAAACAGCUGGAGUUGUGGAUAUCUCACCUGCAGAAGAGCCCAGGUGUGAUCUCCGUGCUUUACUCCCCCACGGCCUUCUUUGCCCUGAGCCAAGGCCCUCUGCCCCACCUUGCUGACGAGCUCCUGCUGCUCAUCCAGCCCCUCUCGGUGCUGACCUUCCACCUGGACUUGCUCUUUGAGCACCACCACCUCUCCGUGGACGUCCGGCCCUUGUCCCGCCGCCUACGCAGGGCAGUCCGGGCACUGUGUGACCACACGGGCACGGCUGAUGGGCACCUGAGCUUCCACAAAGGGGACAUCCUGGAGCUUCUCUCCACCGUGGAUGAAGACUGGAUCCGCUGCUGCCAUGGCAACAGCACCGGCCUCGUUCCCGUUGGUUACACAUCCCUGAUUUUGUGAGGAGGAGGAGGAGGAGGAGGAAGGGACCUGAGGGAGCAGCUGAGCUCUCCGGAGCGGUGCCAGCUCUGGGUGUCUCCUGUCACCUCCAGAGCUUCCCCAGCUCCGGG